AGCAAUGUACAAAAAUUAAUCAAAAUGGCGUUUACGUCAGUGACAUAUCAAUGUUUUCUAUUGGAUUUUUUUGUUUAAAAGUAAGAUAUAAAUGUAAACCUGUUACGAUUCAUAAUAUAAUAUGUCUACCAAUAAUUUGUCUUCGGUUUUGAAAUCGUGUUCUGAAAGUGAGUUGAUUAAUGAAGUGUCUGAAAACAGUAUGACACAGAAGCAGGUGGAAGGAUCCCGAUUAAAACGUACAUUUACACUGCCUCGCAAUCCUUUUGGGACUACUAAGCCCGGGUCCAGUAAGAAUAAAACUGCCGAGAACGAAAGUAAACCAUCAAGCGCUAGUUCUGUUAUUGGAGACGCUCCAAAAGACGAGAAUGGCAUAGAAAGGAAGUUGUUUAGAAGGCCAUCAUGGAAAAGAUUCCUAAACAAGAUAGCGCAACACAUGAGCACUGUUCACGUAUCAGGCGUGAAGUCAGCUCCAGCUCUUGUCAAUGGUGAGCGGGUCCCAUGCAGUGGGGACCCACCAUGGCCAUUGGGUGCUACUCCAGCAGUCACCGGACUAAAGAACCACGGCAACACUUGCUACAUGAAUGCUGUCUUGCAGUGUCUCUCACACACGGAUGUUAUUUCCGAAUAUUUUGUACUAGACCAUUAUAAAGUGGAUUUACAAAAAAGAAAUAAAAUUAAUUCUAAAAAGUAUGGUACCCGCGGAGAAGUGACAGAACAACUGGCAGCAAUAUUGAAAGCUUUAUGGGCGUGUCAUUACACACCUGAUAUGAGUACAGCUUUUAAAGGUGCAGUUGAAAGACAUGGAACCCAGUACAGAGGGAACAGUCAACAUGAUGCACAGGAAUUUCUAUUUUGGUUACUUGACAAAGUUCAUGAGGAUUUAAAUACAGCUACAAAAAAGAAAUAUAAGACUAUUAAGAACACAUGUGGUAAGCCCGAUGAAAUAGUUGCAGCUGAAACAUUAGCAAACCAUGCUAGACGGAACAGUUCAUUUGUUCAGGCUGUUUUUCAGGCUCAGUAUAGGUCAGCAUUGACUUGUGCAAAGUGUGAGCGCACGUCGUGUACAUUUGAUCCAUUCCAUUGCGUAAGUGUGCAGCUACCGUCACGACUGGCUACGGCCCAGCCGUCGCCCCUCCCUGUUAAUGUAGUGUAUGUAAACCAGCAGCCGCGACAAGUGCGAAUCGGUGUAGAAUUGACACCAAACGCGACAAUGGACGAUUUGCGGACAACACUACACAACGAUACGGGAAUCGAUCGCGACCACAUCAUACUCGCAGAAAUUAAUGAAAUGGGCUGGUGCGGGUCCCGCGCGGGCUGGGAGGCGGCGGGGCUGGACUGGGGCGCGCUGUACUGCGUGGAGGCGCCGCCGCUGCUGGCCGCGCCCGCCGCGCCCUACCUGCUGCUGCUGUGGGUCAACCUGCUCGACGGGGAGCGCUUCGGAUCACCUUAUGCCAUGCAAGUACCUCGCGAGAUAUCCUACGAGGACUUGCAGAAGCUGAUGCUGAAGGAGAUGUGCCAGGUCGUAGCCGAGCGCGUGCUAGAAAACGCGCAGGGGACUGACAUAUUCCGCGCUCGGAUCGCCGAGACUCACCGCCCUCGGGACCCCGCGUAUUUGCAACCGGAGCUUCCACACCCGUUGUUUUCUCUGGACGUAGAGCAAGCGCUGUGUGCACAUGACAAACAUCCUCACCUUAGACUAGAGCUGCUCUGGGACGCCGCUCAUCGAGAUAGCAUCAUCCGCGAGGCCACGGAGUCGUGCGAGGUGCACGUGUCGGCGGCGGGCUCGAGCGCGCCGCUGACGCUGCACGCGUGCCUCGCGCACUACACGCGCGCAGAGCAUCUGGCGCAGGAGGACGCCUGGAGGUGCCCACAGUGCCAACGAUAUAUGCCUGUGGUGAAAACCCUCGGUCUCUGGUCUCUUCCAGAUAUUUUAGUAAUACAUUUAAAAAGAUUUCGGCAGCAAGCCAAAGGUCGUACAAGUACAAAAUUAACAGCAAUGGUUGAGUUUCCUCUGAAUGAUUUCGACAUGACGCCACAUCUAGUCAGAAGGAACUCACAAGUGGCCGAAUCGCCCAGUCACUCCCGGUCUCCCAGAAGAAGAUUCUCCAAGACUCCUGCGAGCAACCCUCAAGAAAAUAUGUAUGAUCUCUAUGCUAUAUGUUACCACCAUGGAGAUGAUCUUGAGACUGGACAUUACACGGCAGCCUGUAAAAACCCUUACGACGGACAUUGGUACAAGUUCGAUGAUUCUAAAGUAACACCAGUUGACGAUGAAAACGCAUAUAGUGAAUUAGUGAAUAACACAGCUUACAUGCUGUUCUAUAAGCGAAAAAAGCCAAUCGUUACGCAUUCAUAUUCAUCUGAUGACCACAACGGUCAUUGGGCGUUACGGAUGCCUAAAUAUGUUAAACGAACGACCGAAACGCAGAGUGAGUUGACUGAGGUAAAAGAGGAGAGCGUCAUCGAGGAAGUCAAGACUGAACUACCAAACAACGAGCCAGACUCGGAGUCUGACGUCACGGCGGCGACGCACAGCCCCUCACUCUCGCGAAGUGUUGCCAGUCUUCCCGAUGAUAGUAUGGUAGAAGUCACAUCUCCAGUGAAACACACAGUGACUGUUAUACACAACACAACAACUACAACAACUUCUAUAGUGCAGUCGCCCACUCUCCAACGGCCGCUAAUAGUAGAAAUAAAUGGGAAUAAUAAUAAUAAUACGACGACUAAUGACGAUAAAAUCGAAAACGAAAACGAAACGAGCGUGGCGCUUGAACCUUACAUACAUAAAGACGUCCACGUGAAUCCUAAGAUGACACCAGUGGACACCCGCCGGCCGCGCUCAGUCGACUAUCCGAACCGGUCAAACGCCGCCUCUCCAGCGACGAGAGACACGAACAGGAACUAUGAGAGCUCUCCAUUAGUAGCUAGUAUAAACGAGGUCGAAUAUCAUCCCACCACCGAAGACUUGAUGUUGUCUAUGUUCCAGGAAUCGAAAUUCAUUGUUCCUAGACACACCAAUCAUGUCACUGGGGAAUCUCAUAGGACAGGAGAGAAGUCUGCUGUUUGGAAAACUCGAAUAUCUACAUGAGGGCAGCAGGUGAUGUUUGAAGAAUACUUUAAUAUACAAACUUGUUCUUUAUUUAUUUUAUACACAAACUUAGAUCUGAGGAUUCCAUGUAGCUGACAGUUAAAAUUGCGUAAGAAUUAUAUUUGCGCACGGUAUAACUAGGGCGGUAUGUCAGAGGCUUAUUACAUUAUGUAGAUUCCAUUGUUAACUUAUUUUUGCAUCCUCAAUUCCAUUCAUCUUUAUGUUAACCAGUCAUUUUGCAUCUUCAUUAAGCUGAUUGUUGUCUGUGUUACGGUUGUAUCCCGAUGCGUAUAGUCGUGUGUUACGCCAAAGAGUCAAUUCAGUCGGUAUAAUGUUACUUGUUAAAAAAUAAUUUAGAUGACAGUUGAAGUGUUCUAUUAUUUUGUUGCAAUAUUAUGGUGUUGCAAAUUCUCCUCCUCUCAACAUCGGGAUAUUGUCUGAUAUGUCUUAGGAUACUGUCAGGUAAUAAUGAGGCCUUAUAUAUAAUUUGUCGUUAGGUGAGAUAUAUUUGACAAAUACUAUUGACUAGAUACAAAGUUAACAAUAUAUGUUUUAUAAAUAGGACCAAUCAUGCCCUCGUACAUUUAGAUCAGUUAUGUUCUUCACUUUAAUUUGAAAUAAAUAUAAAUCAUGUACCUAUAUACAAUGUACAAUAUAGAUGAAACUGAUAACUUGAUUAUAUGAAUGUAGCUAGAGGGCGUUAUAAGUAAUCACAUUUGUGCCUUGGCCCUGGAGAUGUUGUGAUUUUAAAAUUUAACAUAAAUAAAAUACAUUAUGCUGCGAACAUUAUGACUAAAGUUAAAAUAUUUGUACAGCUAUUUCGAUAUACAUAUAUGUAAGCAUUUCGAAAUGUAAUAUGUGUAAAGUAUAAGUUACUGUUGGAUAACUGAUAUGGUACGCGUUUGUGUUGGGAUCUUUGUCUACCGUGAUUAUACUAUGCCACUUACAAGAUUUUGUAUAAUAUCGUGACGAUUAUUGUGAUUUAUUAAUUAUUGUACAUAUACAUGUGUUUAUGUAUAUUUUUUAGUGAUUUGCUAUAAUUUACCUAAACUGAUAUUCGAAUUUGGAUUAAAAAAUGACUUUUGUAAAUAUUAAAAAUUAUAUUUUACUUUUCAUAAAUGCACAUGAUUUAGAUUACUUUAUGCAUUUUAUCGUGAUGAUUUUUUUUGUAUUAAUUUAUUGUACCUACCUAUUGAAAUUGAUUUUUAUAUAAAAGACAAUUGUUAUAUCACAAUAAGUAUCAGAUUUGCACUAGAAGUGAAUAAGCGGUUGGAUUGGUUGAGUUGUCGACGAUACGGCUGUUUUGUGCAGGAUUUGUAUUGUAACGUGGCCUAAACGUAACCUGUGAUCCAUUACUUUAUCAGGAUACAUAACUUAGUACCUAUGAAAUAAUUCAGUGACAUUUCUAGCAAGUAAUCAAAUUAAAAACAUAUAUGUUAUGGACACUUGAUUCAAAUUAAAUCUUAAAUAAAUUUCCAGUCCGUGUUACGUCAUAAGUUGAAUAAAAUAAAUGUAUUUUCGUUAUAAUAGUUUCAGGUCCAAUACUGAAAUGUUUCUGGAUAUUUGCCGACGUGCUUAAUUUACCCGAUUAUGAUAAUUUUGUUGUAUUGGAAAGUUGAAAUGUUAUUAAUUAUAGGUAUAAAUGUCUGGCUCUCAAUUUUUGAUCACAGAUUAAAUAAUUUAUUGAUAAGUCUUCGGAGAUUCGACCUGGGAAUUUUGAAAAUGGAACGAAUUAAAAUUACAUGAACCUUUGGCUGGUAUUAAUUUGCGUUGUUAAAUUACUGAUGUUUAAAUGAUACUUAUACAUGAGACAUACUUUUUUUAUAAUCUAUACCUUUAGAACCAUAAACAACAUUGAGAUUUAGAACGGGUCCAUCUCCGAAUAUUUGUAUUAUGUUCGUUGUUUUAAUUUAAAGAUGUUUAUUUUAAUUUCACCAUGUUAUGUUAAAAUAUAAGCGUUGUCCACAGUUUUA